AAGUAAAACACUUUUGCUACCCCUUUGAUGCCAAAUGUCCAAUUGAGCCGUUUCUUCUUUGCGUCAGGUACCGUCUUCACCUCUGGCACCGAUACUAUCGAAGCUCCCUCUAUAAUAAGCCUUAAUCGGAGGGCAUAAAUCACCGCUCCGGCAAACACAAACCUCAGUUCAGAUUUUCUGCCGACAAGAAAAUGUUGAAAUCCCUCAAUUUCUCCGUUUCUGCCGGUUCGCCGGCGAGUUUUCGUGCUCCGAAACCUCUCUCGGUCCCCUGCUCCGGCUCUGUCCGGUUCCCGGCGAAGGUAUCCGGGCAGAAGACGGGGUCGAUAGCUAAGGUCUGGGUUUCGGAUCUGGAUUCGACUUCUCCGGUUCUGGCGUCGGACAACGGGUCGGGAGGCAGUGUGCUGGCCGCCGCGGGGGACGCGCUCUCGGCCGCAAUAGAGGUGGACACCGUGACGGAGGCGGAGCUGAAGGAGAACGGGUUCCGGAGCACGAGGAGGACCAAGCUGGUGUGCACAAUUGGUCCGGCCACGUGCGGGUUCGAGCAGCUGGAAGCGCUGGCCGUCGGCGGGAUGAAUGUGGCCCGAAUCAACAUGUGCCACGGGACCCGUGAGUGGCACCGGAUGGUGAUCCACCGGGUCCGGCGGUUGAACGAGCAGAAGGGGUUCGCCGUCGCCAUCAUGAUGGAUACUGAGGGCAGUGAGAUCCACAUGGGUGAUCUUGGCGGCGCUUCCUCUGCCAAAGCUGAGGAUGGAGAAAUCUGGACGUUCAGUGUUCGAGCAUUUGAUUCAACCCAACCGGAGAAAACAAUUAAUGUGAAUUAUGAGGGAUUUGCUGAAGAUGUGCAAGUGGGGGAUGAGCUGCUAGUUGAUGGUGGAAUGGUGAGGUUUGAGGUGGUUGAGAAAAUCGGUCCAGACGUUAAGUGUCUUUGCACAGAUAGCGGUCUUCUGUUGCCGCGGGCUAAUUUGACAUUUUGGCGCGAUGGAACUUUAGUAAGAGAGCGAAAUGCUAUGCUCCCUACAAUUUCUUCAAAGGAUUGGCUGGACAUUGACUUUGGGAUUGCAGAGGGUGUUGAUUUUAUUGCAGUAUCAUUUGUCAAGACUGCCGAAGUCAUUAACCACCUGAAAAGUUACAUUAAAGCCCGCGCUCAUGAUCAUGAUAUUUCUGUAAUCGCAAAGAUUGAGAGUAUUGACUCAUUGAAUAACUUGGAAGAAAUUAUUCAAGUGUCGGAUGGAGCUAUGGUGGCAAGAGGGGACCUUGGUGCCCAAAUCCCAUUGGAGCAAGUCCCAACGGUGCAGGAAAAGAUUGUUAAGCUCUGCAGACAGCUAAACAAACCCGUGAUAGUCGCUUCCCAGUUACUCGAGUCUAUGAUUGAGUACCCGAUUCCCACUAGGGCUGAGGUGGCGGACGUUUCAGAAGCAGUGAUGCAAAGGGCAGAUGCUUUGAUGCUGUCUGGAGAGUCUGCCAUGGGGCUGUUCCCUGAUAAGGCUUUGUCUGUGCUGAGAACUGUGAGUUUGAGAAUUGAGAGGCAGUGGAGAGAAGACAAGAAACAUGAAGCAAUGGAACUGCCUUCCAUUGCCUCUUCUUUUGGAGAUACCAUAUCAGAAGAAAUCUGCAAUUCUGCUGCCAAGAUGGCUAACAAAAUGGAGGUUGAUGCUAUUUUUGUGUACACCAAAAAAGGGCACAUGGCCUCCCUGUUGUCGCGUUGUCGCCCAGAUUGUCCCAUCUUUGCGUUCACAACGACAACCUCAGUGCGCAGGCGCCUGAACCUGCAAUGGGGUCUGAUCCCCUUCCGCCUGUGCUUCUCGGACGACAUGGAAAACAACCUCAACAAGACAUUCUCCCUCUUGAAGGCCCGCGGCAUGAUCAAAACUGGUGACCUCGUCAUUGCUGUUUCAGACAUGCUCCAAUCUGUCCAGGUUAUGAAUGUUCCUUAAAUUUGCCCCCACCGAUGACAAUACAGAUGAUUUUCAUCUAUUUAGGUAUAAAGUCAGGACCAUGCUAGGGUGCUACCGCAUGGGUGCUACCAUGGGUGCACCCAUGCUUCAUACAGAUAAACACAGACGAUAAUUGUCUGUGCGACACAGACAAUUAUCGUCUGUGUUUGUGUGUGUGAAGCAUGGGUGCACCCAUGGUAGCACCCAUGUGGUGGCACUCUAGCAUUUUCCAUAAAGUCAUCUGUAUUGUCAUCCAUGGAGGCAUGGGUGGUGGGUUCGUGACAUUUUCUAUAUAAAGAAAAGUGUUAAAGUUCAAAGUGUGUUUGUUGAGGUACUCUGUAUUGUUGCAAGAAUUUGUGUUUCUAGAGACAAGAUUAUGUGCUUACAUUUUCUCUA